AUGGCCUUAACGAGUACUCGGCAGUUGCUGCUGUUGCUUGUCGCGCUUGCGUUUGCCUUCUUCUUUCUCUCCUUGAUGUGUUAUCCCAGACCCUUCAUGGCCAUCUCCCGAGGAGACCACCUUGCGGACUGCGAUUUGGCCGAUGGCGAAUGGGUGCGGGACUUCGAUGGAUCGGGUUACACCAAUGGGUCGUGCCCGUUGAUGCUGGAGCACAACUGUGGGAAGUACGGGAAGGAUCAAGAUUACGUGAACUGGAGGUGGAAGCCGAAGCAGUGCCAACUGCCGAGGUUUCAGGGGAAGGUGUUCUUGGAGAUGAUGAGGGGGAAGACGAUGGCGUUCGUGGGGGACUCGGUCAGCCGGAACCAGAUGAGUUCGCUCAUCUGCUUCUUGUCUCAGGUUGAGAUUCCACUCGGUGCAAAAAAUGAGGAUGAAGACACAGUCAAAACUUGGUAUUUCCAGUCCUACGACUUCACCCUCAUGCAGUUGUGGACCAAAUUUUUAGUAGAAGCAGCAGAACAAGUGAUCAAUGGAACAGGCACUGGAUUUUAUGAUCUGCACUUGGAUAGGAUUGAUAUGAGCUGGUCCGGAAAGCUUCCACUGCUUGACUAUCUUAUCAUCUCCGAUGGCCACUGGUUCUUCCGAAAACUUUACCUCCAUGAGUAUGACAAACUGGUAGGCUGUGUGUACUGUUCGGAGGGCAAUCUGACAGACUUUGGCAUCAACUUUGCCAUCCGAAAGGCCUUCAGAACAGCUUUCCAGUUCAUUAACAAGUGUGAGGAGUGCGAAGGGUUGGUGACUGUGGUAAGGACAUUCGCGCCGGCACAUUUUGAGAAUGGUACUUGGAAUGAUGGAGGGGAUUGCAGCCGGACGAGGCCAUUUGAGGAAGGUGCUAUAAGCCUCACUGCCACGGAGUAUGAUAUGAGAAGUGCUCAGGUGGAGGAGCUUGAGAGCAUGAGGAGUGCAAAGGGUGGGAAAGGGUUUGGUCUUCUGGAUGUGACCAAGGCUAUGAUGAUGAGACCCGAUGGUCACCCUAGUUCACACAGGGACUUCAUGGGGAUGGAGGGCUUCAAUGACUGCGUUCAUUGGUGCUUACCAGGCCCUGUUGAUAUGUGGAAUGAAAUGUUGUUGGCUGUGUUGAAGAAGGGAUUGAUUGCUACAUAA